AUGUUUGAAUUAAAUCCAUUUUUGUCUCAUUUAAAAGCAAAAUGCGACAGUUUGUCCAACAUGAGCAUAACGGUUCCCGUAGCCGUGGCGUCCGGCGAUUCGGCCAAGAUGACGUGCACCUACGAUCUAGAAUCAGAUCCACUGUACACUGUCAAGUGGUACAAAGGUCGUCAGGAGUUCUUCAGGUACGUGCCGAAGGAACUGCCACACACCAGAGUUUUCCCGUGGCCCGGCAUAAACGUGGACGUUAGCCAAUCAGGACCUAAUCAAGUGGUAUUACGAGACGUAAAAAGACACUUGUCAGGAAAAUACCGAUGUGAGGUAUCAGCUGACGCACCGUCAUUUCACACGAAAAUCGUGUCCUCAUGGAUGCACGUUGUCUACCCACCUGUCGGACAACCCGUGCUGUCGCUGGAGAAACGRCACUACACCAUUGGAGACACGUUGAAAGGCAACUGCACGUCACCGCCAUCAAGUCCGCCGUCCAACGUCACGUGGUACUUAAACGAUAAAUGGAUGAAUUCGAGUUACGGCCGGUCUUCAUCGUCCGGUCUGGCGGCAUCAGACGACGCGUGGCGGUCGACGAACACGGUGGGACUUAAGCUGGAGGUGAACAGUUUCAAAGUGGGCAAGAUGCGUAUCCGGUGCGUGGCUGAGCUGUACGGAGUGUUCAAAACGUCGGCCGAGACGGUGCUGGACGAGGAGAAACCUCGCUUGGCUUCGAUUCUGGGCACGUUUUCGUCUACAGGUGCAUCACACACGUCUUCUUAUUUUUUAUUGAUUGUGAUAUUGGUCAGCGCAUGGAUGAGAUAACCAUAUAAAAAUCCAAAACCUGAAUACAAAAUAAACGACCGCAUUAGUGAUUUCGUUGAUUUUCGUUUUAUGUAAAUUUAUAACAUUUUUAAGACGCGUUAUUUUGGAAUCCAAAAACUAUCUUCGUAUAAAUAUUUAUGUAUUAUGUUGUAUAUAUAGAAAGAUUUUAGAAAAAAAAAUAAACCAUAGACUAUU